CUUUGUCGUCCGCCACAGACAACGGCCAACAUGUCUGGCGCACAAGGAAAAAAGCAAGACCUCUCUCAGUACAACUAUGGCGCCAUCUCUUCUCUUGUUCUUACCGCAGAUCGGUCUGCACUCCCUCGCAGAGACCGAGAACCCGAUGGGGCGCCUACUUCACUGGCUGGUCGCAUAGAUCCACGAGAAAUGGGUUCUCGCGUCGUCCGAGAGACGCCCAAGGACGUGGAUAAGAAGAAAAAGAAGGCAGCAGACCGCCAGGAACCUUCAGAAAAGGCUGUAGCUAAGCGCAAGGCUGACACUGUCGGGUUUGGAUACGCGGACAUCAUCGAAGCGACGCAGGAUGUGGAAGGUCUGACGUACAGACCACGGACUGCUGAAACGCGUGAGGUCUAUGAACUCAUAUUGUCUUCUGUUCACACCACUCUUGGUGGCCAGGCCCAAGAUAUUGUUCGAAGCGCUGCCGACACUGUGCUGGAGACGUUGAAGAACGAGGGUAUGAAGGACUUUGACAAGAAGAAAGAGAUAGAAGAAGUCAUCGGACCUAUAACUGGUGAACAAUUCUCUCAACUUGUCAGCCUGUCGAAGAAGAUUACCGACUACGGUGCUGAGGAUGAGGCAAUGUUGGAUCCCGAUAUGGAGCGGAAGGAUGCAGAGAUUGAUGACGAGGUCGGUGUUGCUGUGGUUUUUGAUGAAGAGGAGCAAGAGGAAGAGGAUGAAGAGGGAUUUGAAAUCCGGGAUGAGGAGGACGAGGACGAGGACGAAGAGGGCGGGGAUGGUAGAGCUGCACCUGAAGACGGCGGUGAAGUUGGCGAAGAGGCGCUGGUCAUUGGUGGUGAAUCUUCCAAAUCCGCAAAAUCCAAGGCCGACAAGGACAUCGUUUCUCCACAUUCCAUUGAUGGCUUCUGGGUACAGAGGCAGAUCGCUGAGGUGUAUUCAGACCCUGUCACUGCUGCUGACAAGGCCUCCUCCGUGCUCUCGAUUCUUGGUUCCGAGUCCAACCUUCGUGACUGCGAAAACCAGCUUAUGGAACUCUUUGACUACCAGAGUUUUCAUAUCACGACAAAAUUCCUUAAAAACCGCGACGUCAUUGUCUGGUGUACGAAACUCAUGCGGAGCGACGCUGAUGAGCGUGUCAAUGUUGAAGUUGCUAUGCGCGAAAAGGGUGUGGGCUGGAUUCUGCGCGAAUUAGCUGGAGAUCGUCAGACGAAGGCACACGUGUCAGAUGCAAUGGACGUCGAUGAAGACAAGCCUGAGGUACCCAAGACUGCCACAUUGGCCCCUGGCUCGACAGUCCAGCCAAAGCGAACCGUGGAUCUGGAGAGCAUGGCCUUCAGUCAGGGCGGACACCUCAUGUCCAACAAGAAGUGUAAACUUCCGGAUGGCUCAUUCAAACGGGCCAAGAAGGGUUAUGAAGAGAUUCACGUCCCGGCCCCGAAACAGAAACCUGUUGUUGAAGGUGAACUGGUUCCCAUAUCAGAUUUGCCACCUUGGACUCGAGAAGCGUUCACCGUUCCCAAAUUGAACCGCGUUCAGAGCAAACUUUACCCCAUUGCCUUUGGUACUGAUGAGCCCAUCCUUCUUUGUGCGCCUACCGGUGCCGGAAAGACCAAUGUCGCCAUGCUUACAAUCCUGAAUGAGCUGUCUAAGUAUCGCGAUGAAGCUACCGGCACUUUCGAUCUUGAUGCGUUCAAAAUCAUCUAUGUUGCUCCCAUGAAAGCAUUGGUCCAAGAGAUGGUGGGCAACUUUACCGCUAGGCUUAAAGUAUUCGGUAUCAAAGUCGGCGAACUUACGGGCGACUCUCAAAUGACGAAGCAACAGAUUGCCGAAACACAAAUCAUUGUAACCACGCCGGAAAAAUGGGACGUUGUGACGCGUAAAAGCACCGACACCAGCUAUACAAAUCUCGUUCGGCUGAUCAUCAUUGAUGAAAUUCACUUGCUUCAUGACGAACGUGGUCCAGUACUGGAGAGCAUCGUUGCUCGAACAAUUCGUCGCAUGGAACAAACUAACGAGUAUGUGCGUCUCGUUGGGUUGUCUGCUACUCUACCCAAUUAUCAGGAUGUCGCCACUUUCCUUCGCGUAGACGAAUCAAAAGGACUCUUCUACUUCGAUGCUUCGUACCGACCUUGCGGGCUGCAGCAACAGUUUAUUGGAGUCACAGAAAAGAAGGCGAUCAAGCGGUACCAAGUGACGAACGAAGUCUGCUACGAAAAGGUCCUCGACCAGGCUGGAAAAAAUCAAACCCUGGUCUUCGUUCACUCGCGAAAAGAGACGGCGAAAACUGCGAAAUUCCUGAGGGACAUGGCGGUGGAGAAGGAGACGAUUACUCAGUUCGUCAAGGCUGAUGGCGCGACACGGGAAAUUCUAACGGAAGAAGCCAACAAUGUCAAGGAUUCCAACCUUCGCGAUCUCCUUCCCUUUGGUUUCGGUAUUCAUCACGCUGGUAUGUCACGGGAAGAUCGUUCACUGGUGGAGGAGUUGUUUGCGGACGGAUCUGUUCAGGUCCUUGUGUGCACUGCGACACUAGCCUGGGGUGUCAAUCUGCCGGCGCAUACGGUCAUCAUAAAGGGCACCCAGAUCUACAACCCGGAGAAGGGUCGUUGGGUUGAGCUGUCUUCACAGGACGUGCUUCAAAUGCUUGGACGUGCAGGACGGCCGCAGUAUGAUACAUACGGCGAAGGCAUUAUCAUCACCAAUCAUACCGAACUCCAGUACUAUCUGAGCUUGCUCAACCAGCAGCUACCUAUUGAAUCUCAGUUUGUAUCCAAGUUGGCUGACAACCUCAAUGCCGAAAUCGUCCUGGGCACCAUCAGGAAUCGUGACGAGGCAGUUCAGUGGCUGGGAUACACCUAUCUUUAUGUGCGAAUGCUUCGCUCGCCAGGUUUGUACGGCGUUGGUGUCGAUUAUCAGGAUGACGAUAUCGGCUUGAUUCAAAAGCGAGCGGAUAUCGUCCACUCUGCAGCUGCCUUAUUAGAGAAGUGUCAGCUGUUGAAGUAUGAGCGGUCUUCAGGACGUUUCCAGAGUACCGAGCUAGGAAGGAUCGCAUCGCAUUAUUACGUGACGUAUAAUUCGAUGAUGGUGUAUAACCAGCAUCUGAGGCCGACAAUGUCCACUCUGGAACUGUUCCGUGUAUUCUCGCUGUCCAACGAGUUCAAGCUGUUGCCUGUCCGUCAAGAAGAGAAGGUGGAGCUUGCAAAACUGAUAGAGCGCGUCCCUAUCCCCGUGAAAGAAACAGUGGAGGAGCCAGCGGCCAAAAUCAAUGUUCUUCUUCAAUCCUACAUUUCUCAACUGAAACUGGAGGGCUUUGUUCUUGUCGCUGACAUGGUGUUCGUUCAGCAAUCAGCCGGACGUAUUCUUCGAGCGAUCUUUGAAAUAUGUCUGAAACGUGGAUGGGCAGUUCCUGCGAAAGCAGCUCUUGACCUCUGCAAGAUGGUUGAAAAACGAAUGUGGGGGUCGAUGACGCCUCUCAGACAGUUCAAAGGUGUUCCUUCAGAAGUUAUAAGAAAAGCUGAGGGUAAACAAUUCCCCUGGUAUCGGUAUUUUGAUCUUACGCCUCCUGAAAUUGGUGAGCUCAUCGGAAUACCAAAUGCGGGGAAACUGGUACAUCGACUCGUUCACAGCUUCCCUAAGCUUCAGCUUCAAGCCCAGGUACAACCUAUCACCCGCUCCUUGCUGCGUAUUGAUCUUUCGAUCAUCCCUGACUUCCGUUGGGAUGAGAAGAUUCAUGGUGGCGCCGAAACAUUCUUGAUCAUGGUAGAGGAUGUUGAUGGAGAGGUCAUUCUUUUCCAUGAUACUUUUGUUCUCCGCCAACGCUACGCUGAAGAUGAACAUAACGUCACAUUAACGGUUCCCAUGUUCGAGCCCGUACCUCCCAACUAUUACAUCUCUAUCAUCUCUGACCGGUGGCUUCACUCCGAAACCAGGCUUCCCAUAUCCUUCAAGCAUCUCAUUCUUCCCGAAAAAUUCCCCGCUCCGACGCCUCUCUUGGAUCUUCAGCCCCUUCCGUUGUCAGCACUCCAUAACAAGGAAUUUGAGAAGAUCUACGCGUCCACAAUAGAAACAUUCAACAAGAUACAGACACAGGUGUUCCAAGCGCUGUAUACUUCGGAUGAGAAUGUUUUCAUUGGUGCUCCUACGGGCAGUGGAAAGACCGUUUGUGCCGAGUUUGCUUUGCUCAGACUAUGGAGCAAGCGCGAACAACCAAGAGCUGUUUGUAUCGAGCCAUAUCAGGAGAUGGUCGACCAGCGGGUGAAGGAAUGGCAGGAUAAGUUCUCCGGACUUCAAGGUGGUAAGGAGAUUGUCAGUCUAACUGGCGAGACAAGCGCCGAUCUGCGACUUUUGGAAAAGGGUGAUGUGAUUGUCUGCACUCCCUCUCAGUGGGACGUACUUUCUCGUCGUUGGCGUCAGCGGAAGAAUGUCCAGAAUAUUGGGCUUCUGAUCGCUGAUGAGGUGCAGCUUGUUGGAGGAGAAGUAGGUCCUACAUAUGAGGUUGUCAUCUCCAGGACACGAUAUGUGUCUGCGCAAACAGAAGUAAAGACUCGAAUCGUUGCGUGCGGGGUUUCGCUUGCGAAUGCGCGCGACCUGGGUGAAUGGAUGGGUGCACCCUCUCAUGCUAUCUUCAACUUCUCGCCUAGUGCACGGCCCCUGGACAUGGAUAUCCAUCUGCAAUCAUUCACAAUACCGCACUUCCCUUCCCUCAUGAUCGCCAUGUCGAAGCCAGCGUACUUGGCCAUCGUCGAAUAUGCACCCACAAAACCUGUCAUCGUCUUUGUUCCCUCACGGAAGCAAUGUCGUCUCACUGUCGACGACCUGCUUAUCCACUGCGCUGCGGAUGACAAACCAGACAGGUUCCUUAACGUCGAGGUCGCAGAUAUACAGGUUCAUCUCGACCAUUUGCGGGACGAAGGAUUGAAGGAGACGUUAAAGAAGGGCAUCGGCUAUUUCCAUGAGGCCAUGGAUAAGCAAGACAAACGGAUCGUCCAGCGUCUGUUUGAGAGCGGAGCUGUUCAAGUGCUGGUGGCUUCGAAAGAUACAGCAUGGUCGAUCCCCGUUGCUAGCUACAUGGUUAUCAUCAUGGGUGUGCAGUACUACGAAGGGAAGGAGCACCGAUACGUCGACUAUCCUGUCAUGGACGUUCUGCAGAUGAUGGGUCGAGCAUGUCGGCCGAAAGACGACGAACGGAGUCGGUGUGUCCUCAUGUGUCAACAGACCAGGAAGGACUUUUACAAGAAAUUCUUGGCGGAGGGUCUUCCGAUUGAGAGUCAUCUUCCGACUCACUUACUACAUGACUAUUUCCUGGCGGAGAUUGCAGUCAAAACUAUCGAGAAUAAGCAAGAUGCUAUGGAUAUUUUGACAUGGACUUACUUCUACCGCAGGAUGACGCAGAAUCCCAAUUACUAUAACCUUCACAAUGUCAGCCACCAGCAUUUGUCGGACCAUCUUUCGGAGUUGGUUGAGAACACUCUGACUGAUCUCGUUAACUCCAAAUGCAUUGCUAUCGAGGACGAGAUGGACGUUUCCGCGCUCAACCUUGGAAUGAUCGCUGCUUACUACAAUAUCUCUUAUGUGACCGUUGAAGUCUAUACGCUAUCGCUGAAGGAACGCACGAAGCUAAAGGGUCUACUGGAAGUCGUAUCAUCUUCUGCCGAGUUCGAAGUCAUUCCUAUCCGUCGACACGAGGAUGUCCUGCUCAAACGACUGUAUGAGCGUCUUCCUGUCAAGAUCGACGGGGUCAACUUUGAGGCUCCUCACUUCAAGACCUUCCUUCUUCUCCAAGCACAUUUCAGUCGUAUUCAAUUACCAGCGGAUCUGGCUGCGGACCAGAAGAUUGUCCUAGAGAAGGUGCUGAACUUGCUUUCGGCGUGUGUGGAUGUCAUGUCGUCCAAUGCGUGGUUGAGUGCCUUGGGUGCUAUGGAUCUGGCGCAGAUGUGUGUUCAGGCUGUUUGGGACAGAGACUCUCCUCUGAGGCAAAUACCGCACUUCGAGCCAGAGUUAAUCGAGCGGUGUAAGGACGCUGGUAUCGAAUCUGUGUACGAUAUUAUGGAGAUGGAGGACGACAAGCGAACAGCGCUUUUGCAAAUGACCCAGGCGCAGAUGCAAGACGUUGCUACGUUCGUCAACUCGUACCCGACACUCGAUGUCACGCACGAGCUUGUCGGCGGGGACUACACAGCGGGUGCUCCGAUAAUCCUCCAAGUUGCUCUCGCCCGGGACGUCGACGAAGAUGACGAAGAAGGCGACCAGACGGUGAUUGCGCCGUUCUACCCAGGGAAGAAGAUGGCAAACUGGUGGUUGGUUGUCGGCGAACCUUCCACGCGACAGCUAUUGGUCAUUAAGCGUGUGACGGUGACGAGGAAUCUGGCUGUCAAGCUGGAGUUCACGCUACCAAAGGGCAAGCAUUCGUUGAAACUAUAUGUGAUCUGCGAUUCAUACGUAGGGGCGGAUCAUGAUAUCGGAUUGGACGAUAUCGAAGUUGCGGAGGGUGAAGAUUCCGACAGUGAUGAGGAUGAUAGUGAUGAUGCCAUGGAGGAGUGAUUUUUGUAUUUUUUGGUAGAGCUGUCUGCGUUAUUGUCUUAUGUAACUGUAUUGUAGUCG